GGCUUCGUCCGCGCCAUGGCGCCCUGGCUGCGGCUGCUGUGGCUGCUGUGGCUGCUGCCGAGCGCGGCCCCCGCCGCCGCCGCUCCGGCCUGGGGGCCGCCGGCCCCGGAGCUGCUGGGGCCCGCCCGCUUCGCCCUGAAGAUGUACAACCGCGGCCGGGCUCCGGGCGCGCGGGCCGUGCUGGGGGCCGUUCGCGGGCGCGUCCGCCGGGCGGGCCAGGGGUCGCUGUACUCCCUGGAGGCCACCCUGGAGGAGCCGCGCUGCCACGAACCCACCGUGUGCCAGCUCCCCGUGUCCAGAAAAACCCUGCUCUGCAGCUUCGAGGUCCUGGACGAGCUGGGCAAGCACAUGCUGUUGAGGCGGGACUGUGGCCCGGUGGACACCAGGACGACAGAGGACAAAAAUGAGACUUUGAAAUCCACGCUCCCGGUGCUGGACAGGGACGCCCUGCCGCAGGACUUCUCCGUGAAGAUGGCUUCGAUCUUCAAGAAGUUUGUCAGAACCUAUAACCGGACGUACGAGUCGAAGGAAGAAGCCCAGUGGCGCCUGUCCGUCUUUGCCAGUAACGUGGUGCGGGCGCAGAAGAUCCAGUCCCUGGACCGAGGCACAGCUCAGUAUGGGAUCACCAAGUUCAGCGACCUCACAGAGGAGGAGUUCCGCACCAUCUACCUGAAUCCCCUCCUGCGCUCGGAGCCUGGCAAGAAGAUGCAACUGGCCAAGCCCGUGGAGGACCCCGCGCCCCCUCAGUGGGACUGGAGGAGUAAGGGGGCCGUCACCGACGUCAAGGACCAGGGCAUGUGUGGCUCCUGCUGGGCCUUCUCCGUCACGGGCAACGUGGAGGGCCAGUGGUUCCUCAAGAGGGGGACCCUGCUGUCCCUGUCAGAGCAGGAGCUCUUGGACUGUGACAAGCUGGACAAGGCCUGCCUGGGCGGCUUGCCCUCCAACGCCUACGCGGCCAUAAAGAAUCUGGGAGGUCUGGAGACGGAGGAGGACUACACCUACCAGGGCCACAUGCAGGCCUGCAACUUCUCAGCACAGAAGGCCAAGGUCUACAUCAAUGACUCGGUGGAGCUGAGCCAGAAUGAGCAAAAGCUGGCGGCCUGGCUGGCCAAGAGGGGCCCCAUCUCCGUCGCCAUCAAUGCCUUUGGCAUGCAGUUCUACCGCCGCGGGAUCGCCCACCCGCUCCGGCCCCUCUGCAGCCCUUGGCUCAUCGACCACGCCGUGCUGCUGGUGGGCUACGGCAACCGUUCCGCCACUCCCUUCUGGGCCAUCAAGAACAGCUGGGGCGCCGACUGGGGUGAGGAGGGCUACUACUACUUGUACCGGGGGUCCGGGGUGUGCGGCGUGAACACCAUGGCCAGCUCGGCGGUGGUGGACUGAGGGGCCUGCCAGCACGGGACCUGGUGCUGCCCGGAGCAACCCUUCAGCUUGACCACGUCCAGGCCCCCCCGCCCCAGGCACUGCUGGUGAGGAACGGGCGCUGGGUGGGAGCCUCAGGGUGAGCGGAGGGCACUGGGCUGGGGCACCGCCCCCUCCCCUCGGCCCGCUCCCACCCUGAAGCUCCCCCAACUGCGCCUUCGUUGAAUUGUGGACAUGAGGAGGACCGGCUGGAGGUGGACGUGCCGGCAGCUGGGGCCAGGGCCAGGACCCGGGGCUCGGGUAGGGAGCAGGAGGGAGAUGCUCUGACCUUGAGCCCAGCCCUGUCCUGCCUCCCCCAGCUUUCCUCUGUGUGAUCUAGAAGUUUUCGGGUCCCCCUGGAUUUGGGGACAGUGCCCCCUUCCCCACCUAGGAAACUCGUAACCCCCCUCUCCUAACUGCAAUAAAGAGGCGUGCCGGUGGCCA